UCUCUCUCUCUCUAUAAAAGCUUACGCAGAGGAAAACAGGAGGAAUAGAAGCUAGCUCCAAGGCUAGGGUGAUUCAGAGAUAAUUUCAAAGAAGAACAAAGGUUGGAUGGAGUUGGGUUGGAUGAGGGCUCAGGGUUUGUUGGACUAGGCUAGCAAAAUAAACAUUAACAGGUGAAAAUAAGAAUAUGGAGAAUGGGAUCACAGAAAGACUACUUGACUCAAAUAAGAAAGAUGAAGAGAACCUAAAGAGCAGGACAUGGGAUGAAGUAAAGAAGCUAUGGGGGAUUGGAGCACCAUCAAUUCUUGCAAGGGUUUCAUCAUUUGGAAUUCUAGUUGUCACACAAGCAUACAUGGGACACAUUGGAGAGAUAGAGCUUGCUUCUUUCUCACUUGUCCAAGCCAUCAACAUGAGAUUUGUGGAUGGAAUACUGUAUGGCUUGGGUAGUGCCCUUCCAACUCUCUGUGGCCAGGCAUUUGGAGCUAGACAAUAUCAUAUGUUGGGCAUCUACUUGCAACAGUCAUGGAUUAUACUUCUCACUAUUUCUAUCUUUUUAGUUCCUGUUUUCAUCUUUACAACUCCAAUUCUAAGACUUCUAGGUGAAGCAGAAGAGCUAUCAAUCUCUGCAGGAAAAUUAAGUCCUUGGUUCCUUCCUGUUCUUUUCUAUCACUUGCUUGGUUUAUCCACACAAAUGUAUCUACAAGCCCAACUCAAGAUCAUGGUUGUUGGAUGGAUAUCUGCCAUUUCAUUUGUGAUCAAUAUUAUCUUAUCUUGGCUCAUGGUGGACAAGUUGAAUUGGGGAGUACCAGGUGCCAUGGGUGCAAUGACUCUGUCAAUUUGUUUCAUCUCCAUCUCAGAUUUCAUCUAUGUAUUUGGAGGUUGGUGUAAAGAUUCAUGGAAGGGUUUCUCUAAAAGAGCCUUCAAUGAACUCUGGCCAGUUGUGAAGCUUUCUAUAUCUUCUGGUAUGAUGCUUUGCUUUGAGGUGUGGACCGGCGCUUUGCUCAUUUUACUAGUAGGCUACAUGAAAAAUGCUAAAGUUGAGGUAUCAGCAUUUUCGAUUUGUCUCAACAUCAUUGCUUGGGUGUAUAUGAUAUCCAUGGGAUUCUCAGGUGCAGCAUGUGUGCGUGUUGCCAAUGAGCUAGGGAAAGGAGAUGCAUUGGCAGCAAAGUUUUCCAUUAAAGUAAACUUAAGUAUUUCAUUAACUAUAGGUGUCAUAUUUUCCAUUCUAGCUCUGGUUUUCAGUGAAACCAUAUCAUAUGCAUUCACCAGUAGCAGCGAAGUGGCGAAAGAGGUGUCGAGCCUCUCGAUCUUACUAGCUUCAGUUAUCUUGCUCAAUAGUUUUCAACCAGUACUUUCAGGGGUAGCCAUUGGUGCUGGUUGGCAAAGCUUGGUGGCUAAUGUGAACCUUUUAUGCCUCUACAUAAUUGGGUUUCCUUUGGCAAUAUUUCUUGGUUAUGUAAUCCAUCUGCAAGUUAGGGGUGUUUGGAUGGGGAUGAUAUGUGGGGUAGCAGCACAAACCUUGGUACUUGCCUAUAUCACAUGGACAACCGACUGGGAUGCUCAGGUUGACAAGACAGCGGCACGUCUCAACCAUUGGAUCUUGCCGCCAUCCUAGAUUGUGAUGCUUAGGCCAAUUUCUAAAAUUCCAUCAUAAUAUAUAAUUUCGGGCCUUCAAUUUAUUGGAAAUAUAAAUGUAACAAAAAAGAAGAAAACAUAGAGGAUUUCAACUAAUGGUGGAAUUCAACUAAAAUCCAAAC